GAGCCUACUGAGCGAAGAGGUGCCGCCACUAGCUAACGUAUGCGUGUGCAUCACAGCUUUGUUGUUUGUAUCUUGGCAGCUGAAUGCUGAUGAAAAAAAAUUGCCAUGACUCAGCGCCGAUCCAACGUCUCCUCCUCGUCAAUUAUUAUUACCUUGCAAUGUGCGUGGCUGGUGUUCCUCCAUGCUCUAGUACACGCAGCUUGAAGGUCGGGAUUCUCGAAGAAGUAAACUUCGUGUCCAGGGGCAUGUCCACAUUUUUUUUAGCCAUGGGUGACCACCAUCCCCAAUGCACGUUUACUGUGCAAUAAUUGUUGCAUUUGAAUGUUUGAUAUGGCGCAUUGGAUUGACAGAACAGAACUGUGCUUCUUCCCGCCGCCAUCCUGUGCAUCGUUUGUGAACGUGAUGAAGGUAGCAUUCCCUGGCACCGAAUCUGUGCUUACACCAACUUCUUCCUCACAGUGGUGUGCCGCAGUUGCUAUUUAUUUCAAAGCCCCUCUGUCGCCAAUGUGGUAUUUGGCCGCUAAUACAUGAAGUUGGUAUACUGCCAUUACUGUGUCCAAGAUCCCUCCUGCUCAUCAGUUGUGAUCAUUCAGAGAGAAAGGCAUUGGCAGGGUCUGGCAGCUCCAAGGUUGAGGGUUAUGGGUCUCAUUCGACUGCGAAUCGUGCACUUUUUAGAUCCUUGGACAAUUAGGGCUACACCGUCGGCCUGAGACAUACCUCUGGUCUCUAGUUUGUGAAGGUUUUAGAAGGGUUUUUGGAGAUUCAACAAUCACGAGAAGGCUCCAGUCGCAAUCACCAUCCUCAGCGGCGGGUUCGGUAGUUGAAAACCCUACGUCGUGUGAGCCGUCGUAAUUAUUGGUAGUUUCGUUUCGACAUUGCCACCGAAGUCUGCAUGGCGUAUGAAAUUUGAGGAGUAAUCGGAUGUCGGCGAAAGUGAAGUAGUAGAUGGAGGAGACAGCGGAGUGGAGCCCGCUGAAAUGGGAGCAGUUGAGAGUGGUGGGAAAGCCACUCCUGAGUGUCGCUGCGUCCGGAGCCACACCCCUGUUGUGGGCUGCGUGCAGAGCUCAGCCUUGCUUGGUUCAUAUUUUUUGCGAUACUCAACUCCAGGAAAUAUGGAGGUUUCCAGCAGAUCCAGUGUUCCUGUUGAUCGGGUCAGGAUCACGCCUAGAAGGCGAAGGUGGACGUACUGAAUGCAAUGCUCGUCUGGUGGUCAUCACACGAGAUGGUUGCAUUUGGGCUGUCCAACUUUGGAAGACAAGCAACAGCACAAGAAGGCUUUCUAAGAGGCAGAAGACCCAGAAUGUGGGCGAGAUUCAGCGAAUCAAACCAGCUCUUGCUAAAACUACCAUUGCCAGGGCUACAUCUGCAGCUCCACCUGUGCAAUCCCAGCGUCAGGGCCCUCCUGGUGAUGCGAUUGCGAAAUCACCCUUUUUAACAUGUUGGAAGGAGGUGGCUGUAGAAACGUACACAGCAGCAGCAAGAGCUAAUGAGGUGAAGAACGUGUCAGUGGUCGACACAUUGCUAGGAACAAUUCCUGGUGCAACAGUUGCUGCGUUUGGUCCCAACGGCUAUGUAGCAAUUGCUUCACAAGCUGGAUCUCCUGAGCUGCUGCAUUUCAACAGGCUCGCUGCAACCAGCAUUCUAGGUCAUUCAGAGGGUCCAGAUUUUCGAAGCUGUGCUCCAGUCUUUAGAGGAGAGCCAACAUGUCUGCUCGUCGUGACAUCUGUGCGGCAUAGCCAGACCAGCGGACCUCGAGAAGGCCAGGCCGUCAUAUCUCAAGACCUCCUUGAAUCUCUCUUAGAUCCAAGUGCCGGCAUAUCGGACUGUAAAAGCUUACUUAUUCAAGGAGGUAUGGAUGGCAAAGUCUACACCUUUCAUCUGCAGGAAGGAAAAUCAGCUGUUCCUUCUCCACAUGUAGUCUUUGAUUUCCACCAGCCAUUAGUGGCAAUAAUCCCUGUGGAUUAUCCUCCUCCUACUACUAGGGGCCGUUGUAGCCGAAUCUCAACAACUCAAGAAUGUAACGAAGCCUCUGGGCCAAAUUGCCUCAUUGUGGUAGGACUGUUGGGGCAGGUUGCUUUUCUUUCUUCUGUGAAGGAUCAAACUACAUUAGAGGAACUAGAUGAUUUCCCCUUCCUUGCACGUCAUACGCACACUCCUGUUGGGGAUGAGAGCAAGUGUCGUCCUUCGAGUACUCUAAUGACGCUCGUUAGUACAGAGGGCAUUGUGAGUGGACCAAUCACAUCUGCUUGUCUGGUGGACGGAGCCCGUCUAUGCUUCAAUGCUGGCUCAACGGUUUUCAUCACAGAUAAUCUUGGAUCUUUUAUGAAAGGUGGUGGUGGGAUGGGCGAUGCAGUCCAGGAUCCAAGGAGCAGCUCAUCUAGCAUAUCGAUACUACCUUCUCAGCGAGUUCCUGCCUCCAACAUUGUUAACAUUGGUGGACCAGGUCUAUUUACUUACAAAGGGAGCCAUCCACUAGUCGUUUUGACCAGAGCUGGCAGCCUGUUGAGUAUCAAAGUAUUCAAGCAGAUUACGUCACCAGUUUCGGCUAUUAAUCCUGGAGCCGACACGCAUCAGAAUGCUCCAAACGCUUGUUCUGGGAAGUCUGUGGAAGAACUACUGCAGUCAAUAGCAGAUGCUGAAUCUUGCAGGGAUGUCAUACAAAGUCAUGAACAAGCUUUGGUCCUUGCAAUGAAUGAACUGGCCCUUGCCUUGCCUAGGGCACGUGAUAUUGCCACUGAUAAGAAAAAUCUUGGCUUCAAGUCCGGCAUCCGAAACAAUAUCCUAACGAGCAAUGAGGAAUCUGCACCAGCCAACGCAGGGCUAAGUUGUACACUAACUGCUACUCCUGCUCCGUCAAAUUCUCUUGUAGGUGACCAGUUAAGUUUUGGAGGUAUUGGAUCUGGUAGCUUGAGGAAACCCUCCAGGUUUGCAGCUAAAAACAUGUAUCAUAGUUUUAAAACACGACUUGACAUUACCUUGAUAAAUCGUACUAGAAAUCCUCUUUCUCAAUACUGGUCUUUGAUUCUGGAGCUGCAAAGUUGUCUUUCAACUGUCAAUCCAACUUUUCAGUGCUCCUUCACUAUAAACAAUGGCCAUGGCUUACCCGUUGGUUCUCAAUGGGAACAUAGGAUCCAUGUAAAUCUUCCUGGUGGUCCAUGGGGUCCAGUCAUGGCUACUGUAUACCUCUGCCACAUUCACGACUCCCAUAAGGCUUUAUUACAGAAUUUCAGAAGUUCUGAUAGAGGGAGAAAUGGGCAUAAGCUUGAAAGAGUAUCAAAUGCGGCUUGUGUUGUUCUUUUACGUCAGCAGGUUGAUCUCUUCUCUUUGCUUCAGACUCAACAAUCAACCCUGGGCCACACUUCAUGGACACCUACACUUCGCGGAAGUGGUAAUUUGAGGACAAGGAUGCCUUCCUUAGCAGGCACGAGAGAGAUCGAAAUGUUGGACUUGGCGGACCUAGAGAUGCUAGGGUCAUUUUCUGGUGAUGUGGCUUGGAGUUCCCGUCUUGAUGGCAUAACUACCAGCAGAACCAUCAAUAGCGCCGUUGAUUGGCAAAAGGUCUUCCUCAGCCAUGUUCUACAGCAGCCUUCCGCAGCCUCGGAACGGACGAGGUUGAGGCUGGUGUCGCAGGGAGGAGGAACUGUCUCAGUCUUGAUUGAUAGACGAGCAGCACAGGAAAGUGGGUCGCAAUCAGUAGUAAAUAUUCAGACAUCUUGCCUUCAGCUGGGGGUCUUGUUUAGGGAAGCCUUACUGUGCCAAAUCAUGGAAUUAGAGAGCGAGGCCCUUGGUGGGAUCAGAAAGGAUGGGAUCUUGCACCGUAAUAAGAGCAGAGAUUUCACAGGAAUGUUGAAGGAAGUUCAGGCCCUUGCUCACCGUGGAAGGGAAGCUUUGAAUCUGUGGAUAAAGUUUCAAGGGCUCCGUGCAGCUGCUGCUGAAGAUUUAUUGAUGCCUCUACUGGAUCACACCUAUGGUAUAACUGGCCAACUGAUCCAAGCGUACAAGACUCACAGGGAGGAAUCAUCAUUCACCCCGCCCUAAAAGAGUCCACUCCAGGCACUUGAGUUGUGGCAACAAGGAACAGUUUUUGGAUAUUCGACUGUACGGUAUAAGAAGAGUGGAGGAUUGUGAAACAACUACUUGUGCUUCUAAAUCUGUAGUGGUAUUAUGGCUUCUAGGUGUUAUCAUACGAGCGAUCCAUUCGCACCCACAUGGGCCACCACUGUCAAUCGUUGAAGUUGUCGAUCAUAAUUGAUGAGACAUUGAACUGGUGGCUCCGUGCCAGUUGCCACUUUCAUAUGGAGGCGGCAAUUGCGCGCGUGCCCUAGUUCUCAAUGUCAGCAUUAGCGGAAAUUUAAUGCUCUUCUUUGCAUUGUUUCCAUCAAGGUAUACAACAAAAUAUGUUGCAAUGA